AUGGUGGCGGCGCCCAGCAUGUGCCGUCCGUCGGCGGCAGCGCUGGUGGUGGCACCGCCGGCGGCCGCGCGGCGGCGGCUGCGGUGCCGGUGCUGCGAGGACACGCUGGGCGUCCCGCGCCGGCGGCUGCAGCAGCAGCUCCCCGCCGUCCCCGGGCUGCACCUGAACCACGCGCAGCAGCAGCAGCAGGCCGCCGCCCCUGCUCCGCACCUCGCCCCCGCCGCCGCGCCGCCGCCGCCGCCGAGGCCCCGGCGGAUCGUGCUGGUGCGGCACGGCGAGAGCGAGGACAACGUGGACGAGGCCGCCUACACGCGCGUCCCGGACCCCAGGAUCGGACUCACCGCCCAGGGCUGGAGCGACGCCGACGACUGCGGCCGCCGCCUGCGCGACCUCUUCGCGCAGGACGGCGACGACUGGAAGGUCUACUUCUACGUCUCUCCCUACCGCCGCUCCCUGGAGACGCUGCGCGGCAUGGGCCACGCCUUCGAGCCCCACCGCAUCGUCGGCGUCCGCGAGGAGCCCCGCCUCCGGGAGCAGGACUUCGGCAACUUCCAGGACCGGGAGCAGAUGCGGUUGGAGAAGGAGAUCCGCCUCCGCUACGGCCGCUUCUUCUACCGCUUCCCCAACGGCGAGUCGGCGGCGGACGUGUACGACCGCAUCACCGGCUUCCGGGAGACCCUGCUCGCCGACAUCGACAUCGGCCGCUUCCACCCCCCGGGCACCACCACCACCGGCGACAUGAACAUCGUCCUCGUCUCCCACGGCCUCGCGCUCCGCGUCUUCCUCAUGCGCUGGUACAAGUGGACCGUCCGCCAGUUCGAGGGCCUCGAGAAACUCGCCAACGGCGGCGCGCUCGUCAUGCAGACCGGCGACGGCGGAAGGUACAGCCUCCUCGUGCACCACACCGCCGACGAGCUCAGGGCGUUCGGCCUCACCGAGGAGAUGCUGCAGGACCAGAUGUGGCAGAAGACGGCCAGGCCCGGUGAGCUCAACCACGGCUUCAUGACCAAUGGACAGUCGUUCUUCCAUCCAUUUACUACAAUCUACUAG